AACUCAUUAGAUAAUCCUAAGUUCAGAAUCAAUAAGUAAAACGAGAAAACUAAUCAAAACUCUUUUUCAUUAUUUGCAAAAACUAAUAAAUGGCUGUAACAAACUCGUCUGCUACUUGUAAUGGUUUGUUCAUCAUCAGCCUUCUUGGUAUCGUUUCUUCACUGUUUGGGACAUCAUCUGCGCAGUUAAACGCAACGUUUUACUCCGGCACUUGCCCUAACGUCUCUGCCAUCGUUCGCAGCACUAUUCAACAAGCUCUUCAGUCUGACCCGAGAAUCGGAGCCAGCCUUAUCCGCCUUCAUUUCCACGACUGCUUUGUUAACGGUUGCGACGGUUCGCUCUUGCUUGACGACAGCGCAACCAUCCAGAGCGAGAAGAACGCUGUACCCAACGCAAACUCAACAAGAGGAUUCAAUGUUGUGGAUGAUAUCAAAACUGCCCUCGAGAAUGCUUGUCCCGGCAUCGUCUCUUGCUCGGACAUUCUAGCUCUUGCCUCUGAGGCCUCCGUGUCUUUGGCAGGAGGGCCUACAUGGACUGUGUUACUAGGACGAAGAGAUGGUCUCACCGCGAACCUGUCUGGGGCGAACACGGGCCUUCCAUCUCCUUUUGAAGGCAUCACCAACAUCACAGCUAAAUUUACAGCUGUCGGGCUGAAUACAACCGAUGUAGUAGUCUUAUCUGGAGCGCAUACGUUUGGACGUGCAGCUUGCGCAACCUUCAACAAUAGACUAUUCAACUUCAAUGGAACAGGAAGUCCAGACCCGACUCUGAACUCAACACUUCUCAGCAGUCUUCAACAGCUAUGUCCUCAAAACGGCAACGCAUCAGUAGUCACUAAUCUUGAUCUGAGCACACCUGAUGCUUUCGAUAACAAUUACUUCACCAACCUUCAGAGCAACAAUGGUCUUCUUCAGUCAGACCAAGAACUGUUAUCUGACACCGGUUCUCCCACCAUCCCUAUUGUUACUUCCUUCGCAAGUAACCAAACUCAGUUUUUCGAGGCGUUUGUUCUGUCCAUGAUCAAAAUGGGGAACAUUAGUCCGUUGACUGGGAGUAGUGGAGAGAUUAGACAAGACUGUAAGGUGGUUAAUGGACAAUCCACCACUCAGGCAAUUGAGUUAAGGUCUGGCUCUGCUGAGAAAGCAGUGAAUUUAGCAGAAAUGUGAAAAAUGCGAAGACUAGUUUCACCGUUUGUUUAUCACAUAUGAAUAAUUAUUCGAAUAAGCUGAAUCAUUUUCGUACAAAAAUGGUUGGGGAAAACUGUGUGGUGACCUAGUAGAAUUAUAUUUUGCACUUAUGAGGUUUUAAUAAUCUCAAAUAUGUUUUUAUGCUAAAUACAUGGAUGUAUCACAUAUUUUUAUAAUAAACUACAUACAAUCUA